AUGGCCCCUCAUGGUCAUGACAACUCAGCAGCAUUUGCAAUGUUCAAUGACGCAAACUUCACUAAGGUAUAUGCGGAGAGCGCCGAAAAGAUGACCGGACAUUUUGCCGGUCUGCUCAUCGAACAAUCAAAGCUGAACGAAGUGCCGGACGACAAAGACUUGAUCGUGCUUGAUCAGGCUUGUGGCACGGGUAUCGUCUCAGAGCACCUGGUCAGAGCGUUGAACAAAAGUCAACAAGCCAACCUGGACCUCACCUGCGCAGAUUUUGCGGACUCCAUGGUCACCUUCGCAGGCCAACGGAUCCGCACUCUUGACGUCAAGAGUGCCCACGCCAUCAAGGCAGACGCCAUGGACACAAAACUCCCGAGCGACAAAUUCACGCAUGUUCUCCUCAACUUUGGGCCCAUGAUUUUCUCAGACUGGAAGGUCGGCAUGGCCGAACUCCACCGGAUCUUGCAGCCUGGAGGCACUUUGGCCAUGUCUUCAUGGAUGAGACUCGGCUGGCCUGACGACAUAAGAAACGCCUUUGCCACGGAUCCAGAGAUACCGCCGUUGCCGUCAUCGAAAGCACUUUGUGAACUAGUGAAUUCAAACGGGCGUUGGAGUGACGCGGCCUGGAUCAGGGACAGCGUUGUACAAUCUGGCUUCGUGGACGUCAAUGUGCGAGAGGUGCCCAACACCAGCAUAUUAAGUGGCGUUGACAAGCUCAUCCCGAUGAUGACUGGGAUGCUGGGUAUGGUGCAGCAAAGGACUUGGACCGCGGAGCAACGGGAGAGAUACAAAGAUCGGGCGACGAAUGCUGUGAUCUCCUACAUGAAGCAAAAAUACGGCAAUGGCGAGAUCAAGUGGGAUUGGAUUGCGAUUCUGACCACCGCUAAAAGGGCUGUAUAA